GUCAAAGGACAAGUGGAAUCGCGCAUGACCCAGGAAUAGAGUCUACUGUAAGGCCCUGAAGAUAAUAAUCUAACCAGAAAUUUAAGAAAUGGCAGAUUCCAGUGCUGCUGGAAAGGUUCGUGGAAGUAAAGGACACAAUGUUAAGGGACUUGGUGAUCGGAGUAAAGCAAAAGCGACUAAAGUUAAAACAUCUACUGACGCAAUUACAUUUGGACGUGCUGAAAGUGAUAAAGUAGAAAACAGACAAAAAGGAAGACACAAAUCAGAGGACCAUGCACUUCAGGAAAUCCCAGGAAGCAUGAUGGCAAAAUGGAAGGAAGAGUUCAAGAAUCAUUCUCGUGUUAAAUGCCCUCGCUCUGGUUGCUGGCUGGAAUUUCCUAGUAUUUACGGAUUGAAGUACCAUUAUCAGCGUUGUCAGAGUGGCAUUGAUUCGAAGAAGUAUAAUCAUCAGUGUCUUCUAUGUGAAGCUUCUUUUGCAUCUAAGUCCCAAUUGGAAAAGCAUAAGCAAUGGAAACAUGAAGAAAAAAGAACACAAACAACAGAGGUGGAUGAAAAAGUUACAAAAGCAAUUGGUCGAGGUAGAGGGAGAAAAAGGGCUGCUGAAAAUGCAGAAACUUCACCUAAAACGUCUAAGCAACAAAAGAGAGAAUUAAGUAGACAUUCUGAGAAUGGGGAAUGUGCAACACAGAACAGAGAAAACAAAUUAACUAACACUCCAGAAGCUCAAGCGUCUCCAACAUCUAAUGAAUUCAGCAAAGGCAAGAAACAGAUAUCAUUCCCUGAGGAAGACCCCGAGCGAACAAAACACAGAAGGAAACAGAAGACGCCUAAAAAAUUUACAGGGGAGCAGCCAUCUAUAUCAGGAACCUUUGGAUUAAAAGGUAAACCAACACAACAAUCAGGCCUGUCAAAACCAGAUGAUAAAGGAAGGGGUAAAGGCAAGAAGAAAAAUAACAGCACAUACAAUGAAGAAUUGCAAAGGAAACCUUUGGGAGUUCAUAUUAAAAAAGAAGCAGUCACAUAUUUACCAGGAAGCCAAGAAGAAAAGUGGCAGCAGGAGAUUUCAGAUAGAGGAGAAGUUGUCUGUCCAAACUGUAUGACUGUACACCGGAAGACUAUAGCAGGCUUGAAGAAACACCUAGAAAUCUGCAAAGAGCUGCAGAAUGCUUUGAAGUGUCAACAUUGUGCUAAGCAGUUUAAAUCUAAAGCUGGCCUAAAGUAUCACACUAUGGCAGAGCACAAUAAUAAGCCUUUGAUAAAUGCAGAGAAGCUGCUGGAUGAACAGCAGGAGCGUGAAAGACUGCGAAGAGUCCUUAAACAAAUGGGAAAAUUGAAGUGUCCCAAUGAGGGCUGCACAGCUACAUUUGCUAGUCUAAUGGGCUACCAAUAUCAUUUAAAAAGAUGUGGGAAAGAGCCUGCAGAUAUUGAAAAAGCUGUUUUCAUUUGUGAGCAUUGUGAAAAGGAGUAUAAAUCAAAGGCUGGUCAUGACUAUCAUGUAAAAUCUGAACACUCAGUGGCAACUGAAGAUUCUGAUCAGAAAUCACCUGAAGAAGACUUUGAGAAUUUGUUUGAGAAAACUCCAAGUGGCCGCAUCCGUCGAAGAUCUGCACAAGUAGCAGUUUUCCAUCUCCAGGAAAUUGCAGAGGAUGAGCUUUCAAAACUUUGGACCAGAAGAAGAAAUAAAGAUGAUUUAGUCCCUGAUAUUAAGAGGCUUAAAUACACUCGUCCUGGGCUACCAUCAUUCAACCCUAAACAGCUUGAAAGCUGGAAAAAUGAAGUCAAAGAAAAUGGUCAGAUUUGCUGUCCUAACAAUCGUUGUGAAGCAAUCUACUCAAGUUUUUCUGGAUUAAAAGCGCAUCUAGCAACAUGUACUAAGGGUGAGCAUCUAGUUGGGAAAUACAGAUGUUUGAUUUGUCAGAAGGAAUUUAGCUCGGAAAGUGGAGUUAAGUACCACAUCAACAACUCUCACUCUGAGAACUGGUUUAGGGCCUCUGCAGAAAUACCUGCAAGAAACAAAAGGGAGCUGAAGAUUACAAAUUCAGAGAGGAAGAAAAGCACAACUGGGAAGAAGAGAGGAAGAAAACCCAAAGAAAGAACUUCAGAGCUUUGUAUAAAAGACAAGAAGAUGGCGGGAGCAAAGACUGCUGAUCAAAUAACAUCACAAUGUCCUGCAACUUUAAAGAGCAAUAGCAAAAUGAAAAGGAAAAAUAUAUUACCAAGCAGCAAAAAUGGAGGUUCAGUCUAGAUGCUUCAAGCUGCAAAAUGGAAGCCAAUAUAAAGGUAAAGCGACUGUAUUCUGGAGGAGCGUUGCAUCAGCAUUUGGGCAUCAUAAAUGGAAAAUGAUGGGUUAACCUAAGAUAACACUAUCUACCAGUGGCUCUAAAGUUUGUUAUAUUGCCUAAUGUUAUGGGUCCAAAAACAGGCCCAAGAAUAAAGCUGUGUAUGUGGCAGAUAAAAGCCAAUCCUUGUAACUGAGUUGAAACUGAAGACAUGCUAGACACAAUCAUUUAGCACAAAGGAUUAUAUGGCUAUUUAAUAUUGCUUUGUUACUAUAUCCUGCUCUAUUUGACUUUACUGUUUAUGUUUUUUAUAAAGUGAAUGAUUAUGGGGUACAAGGUGUCAAAAACAAUUGCUACGCUUUUUA